AUGGCGGUGAACCAGAGCCACACGGAGAACCGCUACGGGCCUGUCAUCCCUUAUGGUGAAAGUGUCUUGAAGCAGUGUCAGGACGUGGAGCUCUCCUUCCUACAGCAACCAGAGGGAUCCAAUUUCUUCAGGGGUACGAAGAGGGGAACAUUGUUUCUUACUUCACAAAGGGUAAUCUUCGUGACUUCACACUCAGUCAGUGAUCCCAUGUUUUCUUUUAUGAUGCCAUUUGAUCUGAUAAGUAACUGUACCGUUGAACAACCAGUCUUUUCCCCCAACUACAUUAAAGGAAACAUCCAGGCAGCUCCAGAUGGUGGCUGGGAAGGACAGGCUACUUUUAAAUUAGCCUUCAGAAAAGGAGGUGCCAUCAAAUUUGCCCAGUUGAUGAUGCAUGCUGCCUCUGCUGCUGCCCGAGGAGUUCCGCUUAGAAGUUUCAAUUACUGGCUUGGUGCUCCGGGACUGUAUUUCAUUACUGGGCAGGGGAGCACGAUGUGCAACCAAGAGAGGCCUUAUCCAGCAUACCCAAUUAUUGUCCAUGGGUCCCAACCCAUGAGCUACGGAGCCCCAUCGGGGGGAUACGGAGCCCCACCAGCGGGAUACGGAGCCCCACCAGCAGCAUACGGAGCCCCACCAGUGGGAUACGGAGCCCCGCCCGUGGGAUAUGCAGCCCAGUCUGCAGAAUCUGAAGCUUCACCUGCAGGAUAUGGAGCCCCCCCACCUGGAUAUGGAGCCCCAUCGUGGGGAUACGGAGCCCCACCAGCAGGAUACAGAGCCCCACCAGCAGCAUACGGAGCCCCACCAGUGGGAUACGGAGCCCCGCCCGUGGGAUAUGCAGCCCAGUCUGCAGAAUCUGAAGCUCCACCUGCAGGAUAUGGAGCCCCCCCACCUGGAUAUGGAGCCCCAUCGUGGGGAUACGGAGCCCCACCGGCAGCAUACGGAGCCCCACCAGCAGGAUACGGAGCCCCACCAGCAGCAUACGGAGCCCCACCAGUGGGAUACGGAGCCCCGCCCGUGGGAUAUGCAGCCCAGUCUGCAGAAUCUGAAGCUCCGCCUACAGGAUAUGGAGCCCCCCCACCUGGAUAUGGAGCCCCACCAGAGGGACAUGAAUCUCCACCUGUGGGACACAGAGUCCCACCAGCAGGAUAUGGAGCCUCGCCUGCAGGAUAUGGAACCCCACCAGCUAGAACUGAAGCCCCACCUUUGGGAUAUGAAGCCCCACCGGCCGGAAAUAGAGCUGGGUCUCACAACUCUGUGGCAGCCCAGCCUGCUGGAUAUGAGGCUUCUCUUCCUUCUGCCUCAUCUACUCAGGCCCAUUCACCACCUUCUGAGAAGUAAACCCUGAAGACUCAUCAAGCAAAGUAGCACCCCAAAACUGAAGUCAGGAUAAGAAGGACUCAGGUGCCAAGCAGUAGGAGGAAUUUCCUGUGCAAGUGGUGGCUUGGUCCUCUCCCCACAGCUGUGAGGUCACGGUGAGUUUGGGUCCCUUUUCCUGCUGCGGGCUUGAUCUCGGAUGUUCAGAGGGCCUUGAAAAUCAGCUGUGUCAGAGGUGGUAGAGUAGGUCACAGGAGGGCUCAGAUUUCUCACGGGACCAGAAGAUUGGCUCCAGAUCUGCUGCUGCCAUAUUGCUUGGCUGUGGGGUUGCUGGGAGCCUGAGACCAGCGGCCCUUAAGCCAGCUCAGCUGGCACAGGAGAGAGAAUCCUGAGAUUUUUGAGUUUUUCAUGGCCUUGUGGCCUCAUCCCUUCAUCACAGCCCCAGAUCUGAAGGCUCUGCUGCAUGAAUUGCCUUAAUGGUGCCCCCUGAGUAAGGGGUACUUAUGACGGAUGGAAGGUGAAGAGUUGGAGGGGGCAGAAAUGAUGUCAAGUGGCCGGCCCAUUUGUUAACUAUCUGUUUGUGCCAAGCAGCCUGCCAGGCACUUGACUGCAUGAUUUAGCAAGGUGAGUGCUUGGACCCCAGUCUCACAGAUGAAGAAACGAAGUAAAUUGCUGAAGGCACACAGCUGACUAGUAAGUGACAAGGCAGGAUCUGAACUUAGAUUUCCCUUUUCAUUCACACACUCAUUUAUUGAGUGCCUUUUACGUGCUGUUUCUGCGCACUUGGGAUAUCAGUGACCAACACAGACCAAAAUUCCUGAUCUUCUGGAGCUUACAUUCUGAUAAAUACUAAGAUGCAGUCAGUACAUAUUAUGUUAUAUGAUAUAACUAGGCAUAUCAUAUUCAAACUGUAGAAAAAGCAAAGACAGAUGUUGAUAAGAGCUAUGAAAAUAUAUAGAGCGAAGAAGAUUGGGAUUGCUGGGGGUUUGACAGAGGGAGCAGUUUGUGGUAGAGCCUUGUUGAGAAGUUAAUAUCUGAGUAAAGAUUUGAAGGAUGAAGGAGGUGAGGGAGCUGGCCAUGCAGCUACCUGGGGAAGAGUGUUCUAGGCAUAGGGAACAGCUCGUAGUGUAAAGGCAGUGUAAUUCCAAGGUGCCUUCCCUUACACCCAGUGCCGCAAAACAGAUGAAUGUGAGAAGACUGUUCUCAAGGACGGAAAAUGCUUGAAAAUACUGCAAGCCAACCACAGUAAGAGAGAUCUGAACCAGUCCAUGUAAAACAGCUUGGGGAUGGAGACUGAUUUCUGAGUCCUCGCUAGAUAACAGACAUCCUUCCUGUCUGCAUCUUGAGCACAAAAACGAAGUUAAAAUAACUGGAGAGGCAGGGCCACUC